GUUGGACAAAAGAUAAAGACAUUUAAAAGUUAUAUUCUCUGUGGUUAUAUUAGAUAUUAUUUUAACGGAAGUAUUCUAGAUAAAUGACGUUCUUAAUGCAGCUACUUUUAUUAUUAAUAUUAUUAUUUAUUAUGUAUUGAGCCAUUAUGGCAUACUUUAUUAUAUUUUUUUUUAAUAAGAGGUCGUAAUGUCGCAUAUCAUAAAAAGUAAUUGUGUAGGUCACCAUAACAAAAUGGUCGGGAACAACAUGUACUUCUAUAUCCAAAUGGCAACGUCGCGAACGGAUGCAACACGCUCUGCCGGCCAUUUCGUAAAAAGUGUCUAAACACUGAACGUUGACAAUAAGAAUGUGCAUUACUUAAACCAUACAUAUUUUCGUUUUCUGAAUUAACUGUGUUACAGUACAAGUAUUAAAAUAUUUUUUAUUUCAAUGUUUUUUUACUGUACCAAAAAAACGUUUGGAUUGCCAAGAAGUGCUGUAACUAUUUUCCGUAGAUAGGUUCAAUUGACAGCAAUCGGGCGAUGUUUAAUGUCGAAUUGAUCAACGACCACUCUGGGUAACGCAUUUAUUCGUAAUAAGUUUUAAAUAUUAUUUUAAUUAUUUAUUUUACAGUAAAGUUAACGAUGUAUCAAGUUUGUUGUGUUUCACGUGAAUGUUUUCCUUCGCAUUAUUCUGUGUCUGAUUUCAUUUUAUCUUACGUGGGAAAAAUACCUAUAUAGUUAGUCGAUAGUGUUGAAAAUUAUUAAACAAUUAUUUUGUGUAAUAAAUGUAUAAUUAAUUGACCAAAAUGUAUAAUUUGAGGUUAACGAAUAUUUGGUUUCUAAAAUAAUUCCAUAAUUAACAAUUAGUUUUCAAUUUUUUUUUUUUAAAGUACCUAUCUAAUGUUUUUAAUCUAUUUUUCACUAUAUGAUGUGAAUUUGUUUUCAUUAUAAAUUUAUUGUAAAUGAAGACUAAGAAACAAAUUUGAGUUAACUUAUUAAGUUGUUUUUAUUUUAACCAUUAUAUGUAAAUUGGGUUUUUAGUAAAGUUAACAUCAUUUAAAAAAAUGAAAAUAAAUAUCAAAUUAAUGAACAUUGAGUUUAAAACAUUUAAUAUUUAUACAUAACAUACAUAUAGUAUAUAAAUAUAUAAAUAACAAAUGUGUUUACAAAAAUAAAAAUUAAUCAUUUCGAUUCGCGAAAACGUACAUACUAGACGAGCAGCUCGCGUUUUACAUUUCGACUGUGAUAUACCUGACGAUGUACUUUAAUUUGAAACCCGUGUAUAAUACAAUUUUCAUAGUACUCCAGGUGACAUUAAUUCUUUUAUUUAUUAUUUUUUAUAUUUAUUUGCGAGUAUUAACAGUAUUAAUAAUUUUGUUUUUACUUUUACUACAUAAUAACAUACAUUUUUGAUUUGGUAUACUUCUGAUUAGAAAAAAUUUAAAAUAAGAAUACAAACAGGUACUUUUGGUAAUUAUUACUUUAGAGGUGUUUUCAUAACAUAUUAUAUUACCUACUACUUUAUCAUAAAGAUUGAUGAAAUAUAAUUUUUUUUAUAUUUCAUAUGAAUAGCCAAAUAAAUGUUUAUUUUAACUUAUGAAAAACCGUCUGCAUUUUCGAACAAAAUACUCCAUUCUCCUUCAUUUAAUUAUUAAUAAAAUCAUUUUAGGGUUAUGUAUAUUGAAGAGCUAAAAUAUAAACGAUUAUGUUCAGAAUAAUAUGAUGAACCUUGAAAAAGAAUCAUUCAACCCAAAUUGGUUGAAUAUCACCAACUAUACCUAAUAAAAUUUUAUUGUACCUAAAUAUUUGAAGUAAUUACCUUUCAAAAAAAAAAAACAAUUUCUUGUUUGUAGCUGUUUGAAUUGUAUUUUUUCAAUAAAUUGUAAAACAAGAUAAUAUUUGAAUAAUAUUUUUAUUUAAUACAAUAUGUUCAACAGUUUGCAAGAUAAUUUAUAUUUCUGGUCUUAAAUCAAUUAGGUUCUGUAUCAAUAAUAAAUAGUUCAACUUAGGUAAUAAAACUUAUUUUAUUUUGGAGUCCUUAAAUAUUUUCUGUAACAAGUAUACAUAUUUUCGUUUGAUUUAUUUUUUUUUAUAAUUAUGAAAAAAUUUUAAAUUUCAACUGUUUCUAAUUAUUAAUCUAAUAGGAAAAAAAAUGAGAGAAAUUAGAAUUAUUUCAUAAAUUAAGUUUAAUAUAAAAUCGUAUUAUUCUUGAAUUAAACUGUUACAUAAUUUGUUUAGGUAUAUUCAAAUUAAUGUUUGUAAAAUUAUUUUUUAUUGGUACUAAAUUUAUUGUAAAAAUUAAAGCAUUAUAUAUAUUAUUGACUGCUUUAAGUUUCAAAUUUCAAUAACUAAUAAUUAUGUUUGUAUAUCACAUUUAGUUAUGUUAAAUAAAUUCUUUAAUAUUGUUAAAAUAUUUUUAAAAAAAUUUGAUUUAUCAAUUUAUAAUGGGAAACAGAGUAAUAAUAGCUACUUAAAUAAAUGAUGUUAUUAUUUUUUGCAGCAGAUGAAAUUCAGUAACCCACAACACUCGGGGAAUUUCACAGUAUUUGAAGAAGAAAGAAAUCAAAAUAAAUUUAUUUUUAUUAAGUAAUAACAAUUAUUUGGUGUUGUGGUAUACUAACCACAAUCAAUACAAAGAAUACACAAUAUUAACAACAACAGAUUCAACCAAUAGUGGCAAAAUGUCUCAAUCGCGGUUCACAUUUAAUCCACCUACUCGAAGUUUUAAUACCGAAUGGUUGAAUAUUUCAGAUUUGAAGUAUUGGUUAUCGCCAGUUGAUGGGGAUAAAACUAAAGCUUGGUGCAAUGUUUGUUCCCGUAUGUUUCCUGCAGAUUUAAAGGUUUUACAUUCACAUGGUAAAACCAUAACCCAUAUUACCAGGACUUUAACUCAUACUUACAUGAUUGAAACAACUAUCCAAAAAUUUGAACAACAGAGAAUAAAUGAAGCUAUGCUUGCGGCAAAUUUAUCGCAUCAGAAUGAAACAAAUGCUACCGAAAAAAUGAUUACAUCUGAAACAGAAAUACAGUCACAACAUGGCGAUUAUCAAAAUGAAGGUCCUCAUACUUCCAGCUCAAAUACUCAAUACCAGAACGCAAAUUUGGGGUCCAUGGUUACUAAACGGAAAAAUAUCGGUAACAUUUAGAUUACUACCAAUGUCCUGGUCAGAGUUGCAAUAAUUUUUAUUUUUAAAAUAAAUUAGAUAUUAAUUUUAAAAAAUUGUGUAGGUCAAAUUGGAAAAUUGUUGUUAAGUAAGUAAAUUUUAAAUAUAUACCUACUAUUAAGGUAGAACCUUAAAAUAAGCUUCCCCCGGAGAGCUUUCGUUUCAAGUUCAAAGUAUUAACAUAAUGUUUUUAUUAGCUAUACUUGUCAUAAAAAAUUAUAAAUUCAUUAAAUUCCUCAGAAAAGUAAACAUCUAGGUUAAAUCUGAGAUCAAAUCGGAUAAUUAUAAAAUGCAAAAACAAUCUACUGAUAAUGAAGAUAAUAAAGAUUAGUUGCAAUAACUUCAAAAAAUCAAUAGAAAAUAAAACACAAUACUUAUACAAAGUUUCAAUUACCAAAAAUGUUUAAAAAAAAAAAUUAAAGUAAAAUAGUCAAUUUUUAGUUCUGCCUCUAAAAAAAAAAAAAAAAAAAAAAAUAUUUAUACACAAACUGUAGCUUAGAGGCAUACUUAUUAUUUAAAAAAAUAUAUUAAUAAUAUUGAAUAUAAUAAAAGUAAUUGUGUAUAACAUAUUACAUGUUUGUUAUUGACACUGUAUAUAUUAUUUUCACUUAUAACUGAAAAAUUGCAGUUCUGACUGAUUUGAAUACAUUUUUGUUUUAUACAAAUAUCUUCUUUUCAGAUAUUAUAAUUUAUAUUUUGUGUUAUUAUUUUUAAUCAGACAGUGCUAGUUUUGAUGUGGAUAAAAAAUAUGAAGGUGUCCUCUGGGUCAAAGAUAUUGGUAUAAUAAACACAGAAUUUGUCUUAACUAUUAAAAUUACAUAUUUUUUUUUAUUUAUUUAUAGUUUCAAGACGUGCCCCAUUCUGGAAAGCUGCAGCUAUUGUGCAUGGCCAUGUAACAGAGUUAAAUCUUAAUGACUACAAUGGCCGUUAUUUGGUCUUAUUCUUUUAUCCUCACAAUCCUUUGUAUGUUAUAUUUAAAUAUUACUUUUAAAGUUCUUUGAUUUAAAUAAUAAUAUUUUGAGGGUAGGAGGGACUAUAGCUUAUUAAAAAAUAAUUCUAGGAAUGAUAACAAAAUCUUUUUUUUUUUUUACAUUUGUUUCAAUUUAAACAAAUAUUAUUUAAGAGUCAUUAUUUACUAGAACAUAUUUUAUUUAUUUUAUGACAAUUAAAAAUUGUACAUAUUAUGCUUUUAAUAAUUGGCUCAAGUUUUCCAAGUUAUUAAUGUUUUUCCAUAUUAAUACUGUGUUUAUCUAUAAUUGUGAACAGAGCUUCACAUUUGGAUUAGAUAAAUUAUUGCUAGUAAUAUAACUAAAAGUUCCUUUAACUAAUUUAAGUAAUUAGGUAUUACUGUAUUAGUAAGUCAAACAACUUAGUUUCUUUUUUAAUAAAAAAAAAAAAAAAAAAAAAAUGCCAAUGUUACAUUAAUCCUUCAUAGGAAUAGUGCUCAUAUAAUAAAUUUAACACUUGUAUAAAUAAUUCUAGAAUUAUGCAGAGUGAAAUACUCUCUUUGAGCAAUAGAGUAUCAGAAUUCAGAGCAUUAAACACUGAAGUAGUAGCAUUUUCUGCGGAUUCAGACCAUCCACAACAAAUACUGUCCGAAAUGUUACAACCUGAUGGAGAGAUUAUCCAGCUCAAAAUGCCACUUCUUUCAGAUCCAGCACAUGCCAUCACUAAAAAAUAUGGAUGCUAUUUACCAGAACUCGGCUAUUCUCUCAGGUAAUUUAAGUUUGCAUGGUUGAUUGCAUCAAUAACUCAUCCAAUAAAAAUAUUUGUUUUCAGAGCUCAUUAUAUCAUUGAUACAAGAGGUAUUUUAAGACAUGUGACAAUUAAUGAUAUGCCUGUGUGUCGAAAUAUCAGUGAAAUAUUAAGACUGGUAAAAGCUUUUCAACAUAGAGAUGAAACCAAAAGGCUAUGCCUUGCUGAUUGAAAGACAGCCGAACCAACUUAUCCUGAUUUGUAAUAAUUAAUUUCAAUGUAAUUAAAAGCAUUUCAAAAAUAAAUAAAGCUAUGUUAAGAACUUUUCAUUUUAACUAUUAAAAAGUUUUUUAUGAUAAAUUAGUAAUAAUAAUAUUAUUAAAUUAAUAAUUAAUAAUUAGUAUCUAAGUUAUAAAAUUAAUCAUAUUUAAAAUGUAAUAACUUUUAAUGUAAUGAUUAAAAAUAAAUGUUAAAGUGAAACAUUAUAAGGGCAUGUUGCAUAGGUUAGGUAAGGUUAUUUCUUGAAAUGUUAAAAUAAAUUGAAAAACAUUUCAAAACUGUACUACUAGAGUUUCAAAUUAAAAUACACUUCUGUCCAUCAUUCAUGUAAAAAAAACUUUAUUGGAAUUAUACAUUAAAUAGUUAGGUUAAAAUAUAUAUAAAUUAAGUUAGCUUACAAAUGUGAGUUAAAGUAUUUUCCAAUAAAUCAUUUUGUAACUUGAAAAUAAAUUUUAAUUAGAUUAUUGAUUGUUAAUACAAAAUGGUUAUUAUUAAACUAAAUAUUAAUGUGCAAAGUAUAAUAUCUAGAUUAUUACUUAUCAUCAGAUUAAUGAUCAUACAUAUUGUUUUAUUUGUAUUUUGUAAAAUUUGUGUUUCUUUAAAAAUUAAAUUAGACUUUCUUGGUAAUAAUUUUACUUUAUUUACAUAAAUUAUUUAGAUUUUGUUAGUUUUUAUUUUAAGUUAUGUUAUAAGUUUAAUUGUUAAAAAUUUGUUUAAGUAACUAUGUUGUUUUUCUCUUUAUUGCAUUUUAUUAUAUUUAUAACUCCUACCUACAGCACAGCCAUUGACUAUGGUGAAUAGACCAAUAUUAGUGUUUUUUGUGUUUAAUCAUUGUUAGGUGAAAUAAAUAUAUUAUUAUUAUUAUUAUAUAAGAUAAGCAGUUAAUGUUUACAUAGGUGUAUUCAAAAUCUCAAAAUAUAUGUACCCAUUUAGUAUUA